GAUUUGAGAUUUUGUUUGCUUUCCUCGCCGACCCAACAAAAUUGAACUCUAAUUUAACAAGAUGAAGAACGAAUCACCCAUUUUUCUUACCAACGUGGUACUUUGUCUGGAUUCGUUACACACCCACCGGGGAGUUUUCUUGAUUUCAGAGAAGUUCGAGCGGCGCCGGGCAUGCCAUUGAUUUUGCAUGGAGUUCACUAGCUCCAAGAAGAUUUUUUUUUUUUUCGCUCCUCGAUCCCUAAAAGUUCAAUGCCAAAAUUGGAAGGUGGACCGAAAGUUUAAAGUUAUUUUGAACUAACUUUGUCUUUUUCAAUUGACGGGCGUCAGAUUCAGCAAUCGGCCUUCGCAUAGCCUCCAUUGAUGGGGGAGUUUUGCUGCUUCCAGUUUCCUCUCUCAGAACCUCGGGAGAUGGGUAAUGGAGGCGAAAGAGAAGCAUUGGCUGUGUGCAGCGAUAAGAACAUGGGAUCGGGGAUCACUAUUUGGGAUGUGGAAACAGGCGAUACUCUCCUUCAUAUUCCGACUUGCGCUUCGCCUCCUUAUGGUUUGAUUUGCUUGAGAAAUGAGUUUCUUGUUGCUUCUCAGACUCGUAAGGAAGGGUCCGUUGGCGGUGGAUCCAUCUUCAUUUGGUCCCUCAACAAGCCUCAACCUCCUCUUAGGAGCUAUCCAUUGGAGCCCAUUGGACCACUUGCCUCGACAAAGGACGGAGUAUAUCUUGCAGGUGGAGCUCUUUCAGGAAAUAUUCAUCUCUGGGAGGUGGGUAGUGGUAAAUUGCUCAAGCUUUGGAGUGGUCAUCGUAAACCCAUAAAAUGCAUCCUGUUUUCUUGGGACGAUUCGUUUCUCAUUACCGGUUCAGCAGACGGAAUGAUUUGCGUCUGGUCCAUGAUUUGUUUGCUGGAUGUGGAACAUGAGAGAAGCUCACAGCCAAUCUUGUAUUGCCUCAUGGAACAUAAGUCAUCUUUAACUGGUCUACUUGCUAUGUCUGUCUGCACGUCAAUAAUCAUUUCAAGCUCCCUCGAUGGCAGUUUAAAGUUUUGGGAUCUGAUUUCGGGAAUGAUUAUGGGAUCUCAAGCUCAUACUGAAGGGAUCACUGCUAUUGUUCUUCAUCCAACUGAGCAACUAUUGUUCUCUGGGAGCGUGGAUGGGCAAAUUUUUGCUAGCAAGCUUGAAUUUGGAGUAGAUAACUGCAUUGCCAUGAAAGAUAACCAAUUACUUGCUCCAAAAGGACACAAAGGAGCUAUUACUGCUCUGGCCUUCAGUCGGAUGGAUCUAAUUUCCACAUCUGAGGACUGCACUGUUUGCAUAUGGGACAUCAGCAGUCAGAGGAUCAUACAAAAGCUUGACCACAAGAAAGGGAGAAUAACCAACUUGGUAGCAAUUCCAUGGCCAUCCCUGAUCUCAAUGUCAAACCGUAAGAGAGCCUUGAAUCAUUUCUCCGUGUCAUCACUCGACAAGUAUCCUCAGCCAGCCAACUUGUUGAAUAGCACGAUACCUCUCUUUCCCCCGCUCCAUCCCCUCGAGGAAAAUUGGAAUUCCAUCAGGUUCUCAAGUAACGACUCACUGAAUCAGCAAAUAUUUGAUAUGAAGACAGAAGGGACAUCAGCAGCAAUACAGAUGAAAGUAGAAACAAGUUUAGAAAGUCAAAUGUGGGCUUCCAGAAUUACAAAGCAAGUGAUGGAGAUGAACAACCAUCUUCAAUCGCGGUUGCUAGACAUGAUGAGGAUUCGAUUAUUCAAGUCUGCAAAAGUUAACUCACCUACAAAGAAACUGAAAGGCAAAAGAGAUCGAGUUGCAGGGAUGAGGGAGAAGCAGCCAUCGUCGUUUCAUUAAUCUUUUGAUGAUCGUGGAUCUUCAUUUCUAUUAUAGGCUUGUAACAAAAUACUGCAGAGGCUCAACAUUUUAAAUGUCUGAAAUUUUAAAUGAUUGUAUCUUUAUUUAAUUUUUUUUAAUACAAUAUGUUGGGGCA